UGAAUUCCGUUGCCUGGAUUCGACGAAACCGCUCCCACUUCUCUCGAUAAAAAUCUUGAAUUCCAUUGCCAAAACUCGAACCGGAGUCUCUUGUGCGGUAGCAAGUAUCCUAACCAUAUAAACUAGAAUAGAUCUCGUUUGCUACAUCAGUCGCUGCCAAAAGACCGGCAAAGAGAACUCCUUUGAAGCGUUAACUAGCAGCUACUUCAUAUAUACAUACAUAGAUACACGCACAUAAACAAAGAUACACUGUGUGAACGCAAGAAAUGGAGACGACGAGCGAUCGCGAUAUGGGCAGUAGUAGGACGAGUAUGAAUCCGUGGAGCUACGAAACUAAUUGGGUAAUCGUUCAUGGGUCCCUCGAGGCUUCCGUCACCGUCGAGUCCUCCGACUACCCGAUCGCUGAAUCUGACUUCGAAAAAACGGUCUGUAUAUCUCCUCUUGUUCUCGAGCCUCGUGGCCCCGAUUCCGGCCCUUGUGAAAUUAAGGUAUGUUUUGACCAAAAGUAUGGUGUUGGUCAAAUUUAUGUUCGGAGCAGUGCCCGUGUAUAUGAGGUCUACUAUGCACAUUCUACUCACACUACCAAUGAGUAUCUCUGCACUGUUCGGUGUGGUCUUGCUAAAAGAGAAAAUAAAUUACUCCAAACAACUUGCAUUGAAGAUGUUGAGGAGGAGCGUGGAGAGUGUUUAUUGGGGGAACUAGCUGAAGAAACUCUUACAGAUGGGGCAAAUACUGUCACCAGUGAAGAUGAUUGGGUUAAGAUUAAAGUACCUGAGGUUGGGAGAAGUUCUUUAUCAGAUAAGCUUAAUACCCAUAAAGGGAAAAGUGUACAGGAUCUUUAUGAGGCUACAGCACAAAUAAGCGAUGCAGAUCCUUGCUCAUCGCUUACAAUUCGAUUACUGUCACUUCAAGAUAAGGGCCACGUAUAUGUUGAUGAAUUAUAUUUAUUUGUGGACCCUGUGGAGUCAACUGAUUCUGGAAAUGAGGCAGCAUUGGCAGGAAGCACAACGCAAAAUUCUCUGAUGGCCAUGUUCAUGCCUACUCUUCUGCAAUUAUCAAAAUCAGGUAUCAGACAAGUUCAAGGUAAACAUGAUUCUGAUGAAGUGCUUAAGGAUGACAAAAUGGAAACUGGGUCAAGAAAAGCUGAUGAAAUUGAUAUUGAAUUGGAAAAAGACCAAGUUCACCAACAAGAUGUGAAGCCGAGAGAAAAUGAUAAGGAUACAGCUGAACCAGCUGAACUUCAGAUACCAACCAUGGCAAAGAAAUGUGUUGAGUCUAGAAACAAUGAUGAUUUGCCGCCAGGAAAUCUUGAAAGAGCUCUGGAACAGCUUAUUUCUAGAGUGAGCAGAGUGGAAGAUAUUUGCUUGAGGUUUGAAGAAAAAAUGCUGAAGCCCAUAGAACGCAUGGAGGCAAGGCUUCAACAGGUUGAGCAUCAACUUGAAAAACUUGCCAAGAAUGAUCACUAUUCUGGUUUACCACAUUGCACAAGAAUCUCUGCUCCUUCAUUUUCAUGCAGUGAAUCAAACUCAAGCUCAUUCUACGGUGAACAAAGUGAUCCUCCACCUUGUGGGGCAUCAGAACUUGGAAAGAAUGAUUUGCCUACAAGCAUGCCUGAGUUAUCCCAUGAUGCAAAUUCUCAUCCAAGCCUUAUUGUUAGUGCACCUGAGUUUUCAUGUGGCGAAGAUGAAGAAGACAAUGAUGAUAUGAAACCAUUGAAGGAUGUUCCUUGCAUACAAUCAAAGAAAACUAUGUCAGUUGAUGAUGCUUUAGCAGCAGCACUUAAUGGACUUUUGUCUACUGCUAUCAUUCAUCCUUCUGAGCAUAUUCAAACACCUUCAGGUCUUUCCAAUAAAGUAGACGAGGAAAACCAAUAUCAUGAACAUGCGGAAUCUUCUCAAAUGAAACCUGAAGAGUUCCCUGCUGUACGAAAUGGCAAUGGACAGUCUUCGGCAUACGCUCAAAGCCUUACAGUUAAAGCUCCGAGGUUAACCUCAGAGGAAACUGGCAACGAGGAGCUUUUGAAUCAUAUGCAGUCUUCUUCAGAUGUGGCUCCUAUAGUUAGUAAUGAAGAGGACCAUAACAGUGAUGAGAUGGUUUCUUCUUGCAUUCAAAGCAAGAGUCUAUUUGCUUCUGCAGACUCUGAUUUCGGGAAGAAUGAUGGCACUCAUGAUUUUACCUCAGCAUCUAAUGGUGAUAUCUCUGCUGUUGCUGUCAAGGAAAGCAGAACAUGCCAUGGCAACAGGCACUUGAAUGAAGGUUCUGAAGUAAAUACACUAGACACUUCCUUUGAAGGGGAUUGCAAAUCUGUGGAGAAUAGUGAUGAUUCUGCACCUAAUCUAGUAGCCAAGGACUCGGAGGAAACUGGCAGGCACCAGAUUGACGAAGAAACUAACCCCGGAAAAUUAACUAGUUUCAACCCAGAUUAUGACAUUGCUUCAAAUCAUGAGUCUGAGGUGGUAGCAGAAGUUCUAGAAAGACAUGUUGCAUCAGAAACAAAGAUCCUUGAGAUUUCACAUGCGUCUUUGCUGGACUUUGAGUUUCCGAUUCUAGAAGUGAAGUUCACUUCAGACGUGUAUACCAGUACCAAGUCCCCACUGGAAGCCCUAUUAGAUGGAGUAGCCGAGUCUAAUGCUGAAACUCCUUCGGUUCAUGAUGGUGGUGAUGAUCAAAAUUCUGGGCAAAUUAAUGAUGCCAUCACAAACAGUUAUGAAACAAUGGACAUUUUGCCAAUUAACCAUCUUUUGGUAGAUCUAGGCGUUUAUGCUGCUGAUGGGUCUUCAAACUUGGAGGGUGGAGAUCUCACAUGCUGUGCAACCCCAAGCAGCCCACAAGUGAAUGUGAGUCUUAUUUAAUCUUUUGAGAAUGUCUAUGUUAGAAUGUAUAUAGUUAUAUGGAGCUAACAUGCUGGGAGGAAUUCAUGCCACAUACUUAUUUUCUGCUGUUUCUCCCUCUCUCCCUCAUUUCAGUUCCUGUGUGGGGGAGGGGAUUUCCGAGGAUUUAAUAUCUUGGUAGAGGAUUUCAUGUACAAAAUCUUGGUAGAGGAUUUAAUAUGGAAGAUGUGGGUUGCUAUAUCAUUAGGAAUUUGUGUUGGAACAUAAAGCAAUUCCUGGAGAAAUUAGUGAAAUUCUACAUUCAAUCAAACAAAGCAACCAUAUGAAUUCUGCAUUAGGUCAUAUAGCAGUUGGAUAGGUGAACUGGGUAUUGACAUCUAACCGGUAGUGUUUUAUCUUGGACGGGGAUUCUAAUCAGUGGCAUACAAUUCAUUUUAUUACAUCUGAUGACAAUUAUUUCACUUCAAUUAUCAUGAUUCUGUACUA